AUGGCUGCCGCGAACAACCCAGAAGUUGGUGGGCGACCAUUGCCCCAAAUACUUGAGGAGCAAACUCCUCACACUGAAGAUUACCCACGGAGGUUUGGGAAGCAACCGAUGACAGACCACAACCCAAACGAGGGGAGUGCAUCAUCUGACUCCCGGGGGCUGUCUGCUCCCAGGCUCGUCGAGGACCUCUAUUAUAAUCCUAAGAGGAACAUUCCCAUCGUGGAACUAGAGAAUUACCAACUACGUCAGCAAUUGGUAGAGGCCACGAGGCAUAAUGAAGAAUUGGUCAUGCAGGCCGUUGAGGUCCAGGCGCUACCCCGAAGGCCCAGAGGACGUCCCUGUGGGAGCACGGCCGCCAAGAGGGCCGAACAAGGGGCUCAGCAAGCCCAGCCAAGGCCCAGGGCAAACAAUGGCAAUGAACGCCCUGGGAGGAAUACUCAAGCCAAUACUUCUAGCAACUUAACUGUGGAGGUAACUACAAGAACAGGGAAUAACCGAGCUCCCCCAGCAGCUCGGAGCUUUAACCCUAAACCUAUUAGGAAUAACUCGGAACCAGUCCGGGCCAAUUCUGGGCCUUCCAGGUCCAACAAUGGGAGACCUCCACCAUCGCCUAUAAGGCAUCCAUCAUCUCCUAUAAGACACCCCUCACCACUUCGAGAGGCACCCCAGCCAGCUCCUCAUAGGAACUGGGCAGGGGAACAUGCACCACAAAGGCCAUCUAGAAGUGGAAGCCGAGACGGGAACCGUCGAACUUGA